CUGUCAACACAGCACUGCCAACCAACCGUGUGGCCAAGCGACUCACAGGGCGACCCUUAUCGCGCACAAAGGAAGUCUAAUAAUAAAUUAAUUAGGUGCGAAUAGAGAAUAAUCGGUCCGACUGCCUCCUCCACUCUCGCCACCGCAAACGCCCUCCCCUCGCCUCCUGUCCGGACCAUCCACGCCCGCCAGUCGGUCCGAGUCUUCACGCCGGCAUGGACACGCACCUCAGCCACCCUCUGCACUCCAGCACGCGCCCUCUCCAACCUUCAAAAUGAGCCUCAUCAAUCGGAGGCAGGAUUGAGCGCGAGAUGUUGCGGUUGGUGUUGGCGUGUUGGGUGUUGGGCGCCGCCGCGGCGUCGGACGGGUCGCGCUGCGAGGAGAUCACGAUUCCGAUGUGUCGCGGUAUCGGCUACAACCUGACGUCGAUGCCCAACGAGCUGAACCACGACACACAGGAGGAGGCCGGUUUGGAAGUGCACCAGUUUUGGCCGCUGGUCGAGAUCAAGUGCAGCAAGGACCUGCUGUUCUUCCUGUGCUCGAUGUACAGUCCGAUCUGCAUCGAGGACUACCACCAGCCGCUGCCCGCGUGCCGCAGCGUGUGCGAAAGGGCGCGCAACGGGUGUUCGCCCCUCAUGGAGCACUACGGCUUCAAGUGGCCCGACCGCAUGUCCUGCGACAAGUUCCCGCGCCACGGCGACCCCGACGCCCUUUGCAUGGACAAGCCCGACGGCCUGGCGGCCGCGGCAGCCACCAACGCCCCCUCCCCACCCCUCCGUCCCACCAGGAAGCCGCCGGCCCAGAACAACAAGUGCAAGAAUAAAAACGGCAAAGGCUGCAAUUCGCCGUCGCUCGCGGGCAAGGAGCCCUCGGUGGACGCCAAGGACUGCCAGUGCCGCUGCCGAAGUCCCCUUGUGCCCAUCGGCAGGGACAGUCUGCUCUUCAACAGGAGCGUCUCCGUAUCCACGGUCGACAACUGCGCCCUGCCUUGUUACGGCGUCUUCUUUUCGCCGGAGGAGCGCGAUUUUGCGUCGGUGUGGAUCACAGUGUGGUCGGCGUUGUGCUGCGUGUCGACGCUGAUGACGGUGACGACGUUUCUGAUUGACACGCAGCGCUUCAAGUACCCUGAGCGGCCGAUCGUGUUCCUCAGCGCGUGCUACUUCAUGGUGAGCGUCGGUUACCUGGUUCGGGUGGGCCUCGGCCAUGAAGAGGUCGCCUGCCAUGAACGCAUCAUCCGCUAUCACUCGACCGGGCCCGUGCCCUGCACACUCGUCUUCCUCCUCAUCUACUUCUUCGGCAUGGCCUCAUCCAUCUGGUGGGUCAUCCUCACCCUCACCUGGUUCCUUGCUGCAGGACUCAAAUGGGGAAAUGAGGCGAUUGCGGGCUACUCGCAGUACUUCCACCUGGCAGCGUGGCUGGUGCCGACGGUCAAGUCGGUGGCGGUGCUGGUGAUGAGCGCCGUGGACGGGGACGCGGUGGCCGGGGUGUGCUACGUGGGCAACCAGAACGCGGACAACCUGCGCAUCUUCGUGAUGGCGCCGCUGGUGGCGUACCUGUUCCUGGGCACGUCGUUCCUGCUGGCGGGCUUCGUGUCCCUCUUCCGCAUCCGCAACGUAAUCAAGCAGCAGGGCCGCAGCAAAGCUGACAAGCUCGAGAAGCUGAUGAUCCGCAUCGGCAUCUUCAGCGUGCUGUACACCGUGCCCGCCACCAUCGUCAUCGGCUGCCACUUCUACGAGUCGCACCGUGACUGGCUCGCGCCCUGGACCUGCCCUUGUCACGAGCAGCACCGACCCAGGCCACUCUACUCCAUCCUCAUGCUCAAGUACUUCAUGGCGCUCGCCGUCGGAAUCACCUCCGGGGUCUGGAUCUGGUCCGGAAAGACCCUCGACUCGUGGCGCCGCUUCUGGUUCCGCAUCACAGGACGCAGGUAUUUGAUUGAGUCAAACACUGCAAAGCGGUCGGUGGUGGCGAAGCCGCUGGCCGUGGGCUACUCUCCGGCCGUCACCGCCUCCACGAUGAAGCAAUCGGCGCCGCUGAGCCACGUAUGACAUAAUGGAACCCCCCAUUUUGCGUCCGAAGAUCUGGUGGUGGACUCGAUUUUGGUGCAGACCACCAAGUCGACGACCUCAACCAUGGGCAACAAAGUGGAGGGGCUUAGCAAUUACGGACCCAUUUAACAAUAUGGAGUGUGAAAAAGUGCAGGAAGAAGAAAAUAAAGCGACGGGACGCUUUUGGUUUUGUGACAAAUAUUUAAUAUACGUAAUCGAGAGAGACGUAUUGUGUAAAUAUGGACUUAUUCGCCGACUAUUGAUUGUUACGUGACUUUAUUUAUUACCUAAUUACUAAAAACAGGGAGCUAGUCUUAAAGUUAUGUUAGACGCUUUUUUGACGAUUUGCUGCAAAUUUUUACUCAGUUGGUUAAAAAUUUUAGAAAUUUGUGAUGCGUUGUUGAUCAAAUCCGUAGCUCAGAAGCCUGCAAGAACCUUUGAUACUCUUACUGUAUAGAAAUGAAAACUACGUAAUUAGGAUAGAAAUUUGAUAUUCCUCAUCAAAACUUAGCAACAUAUUUUUACCAAAACUAGAAAUUAUUUAUUUGAAAAAAAAAAUGAAAAUCUACAUUUCUUUCUUGGUUAAAUAUCAAUUUGGAUUUUGUGCAAAAUCUGAUGACUGAUGUUUUUGGCGUUUUAUUUGUCUGGAAAUAGGUCAAAAAGAUUGUUGCACAUAGAAAAAAACUUGUUGAAAAGAUUUAUCGGUUUUCCCCCCCAAAUGUUUUAAUAAUAAAAAAUAUCAAAAUAUUUAUUGCAUUGAAAAAGUUCUAGACUCUGUACAGAAAAAUUAAUUAAAACGGGUCUUUCUUUAUUACAUCAAUUAAGAACCAAAUAAAUAAUGACAGCGCCCUCUGAGAUAAGUUAAAACUUAUAAUCACAGUAGCAAUUUCAUCCUUACUCCUACACUAAAUGUAAUACAACAUUCUAUAUCUAUUUCUCUUCUUUGUAAAAAGAAAAAAAUAAUAUUAAAAACAACAAUAUUUCUUGAUGAACAAAAUAAUAAUAGCGAUUAGAUUAUGUGUGAGAAGGUUGCGUUUCGGGCGCAGUUUGUUUAACGAGGCUGUACUUGUAGGAUCUGUGUACUUAAUAGACAGUUAAUUAGCCAACCAUGUAGCAAUUCAAUUAGAUGCGCAGAGAGGAAAAUAAACUAUACAUCAUCACUAAUCAUAAGGCUGCUCGUGUAUCCAUAUCGUAGUCGUCGUCACCAGUCAUCUCUGUAUACGAAAAGGCGCAGGAAAAUUUGUACCAAGGAAAUAAUAAAUUUUGGACAAAAUAAUUAGUGCGUUUAGACGGUAAUAUAAGAACAAAAUUAAUAUAUGACACCGACUUGAUUAUUACAUUGUGAAAUCCAGAGUUUUAUUCUCUCUA